AUGAGCGCAUUCAAAAUGACAAUGACGAAGGCACACAUAUUGUGCAUCUUGUGGAUGAUUAUUUUCUUCUGCUCGAGCAGCACAGUGGAUGCAGCACAACGAGAAACGAUCCCGAAGCAGCAACAUACCACAUCAACGAAAGACAACAGCAACCAAGGGCAACCGAAUUUGCUUACCGGCAGCAGUAGUGGCAGCAGUAGUAGCACCAGCAGCAGUAGCAGUAGUAGUAGUAGUGUUAGCAGUAGUUCUAGUGUAAGCACCAGCACCAGUGCUGGCAGUGGUAGCAGCAGUAGCAGCGCCAGCACCACCAGCAGCAGCAGUGGUGCAACGGUCGGGGGCAGCAUCAACAGCAGCAGCAGGCCAACCCACGCAGAAACGACUGCCCUGCCGACGGAACAGUCCCGUGUAGGGCCGUAUUUUGACGUUGCCGCCUCGAAGAACGUUACAGCACUGCUGGGCAAAACCGCGUAUCUGAACUGUCGGGUUAAAAAUCUCGGCAACAAGACGAUGUUGCUGCAGGUGUCUUGGGUCCGUCACCGGGAUAUUCAUCUACUGACGGUGGGCCGCUACACGUACACAUCCGAUCAGCGGUUCCGGGCGAUACAUCAUCCACACACGGAAGACUGGAGCCUGCAGAUCAAGUACCCGCAGCAUCGCGAUUCCGGCAUCUAUGAGUGUCAGAUUUCGACGACACCCCACAUGAGCCACUUCGUGCAUCUGAAUGUAAUAGAACCGUCGACGGAAAUAAUAGGCGCCCCGGAUCUGUACAUUGAGAGUGGAUCGACGAUAAAUUUAACCUGUGUCGUCAAGGAUUCUCCCGAGCCGCCAGCUUACAUCUUCUGGAACCAUAACGAUGCGAUUAUUAGCUACGAUUCACCGCGCGGUGGCGUCUCGGUCAUAACCGAAAAAGGUGACACGACAACCUCGUUCCUGCUCAUCCAGAACGCUCGGCCAUCGGAUUCCGGACAGUACACGUGCAAUCCGUCCAACGCCAAAAGCAAAAGUGUCACCGUGCACGUCCUAAACGGUGUUUCCCAUUCCGUUUCCAGGGGAGUACCCAGCAGCAAUGCAGCGCGCGGGACAACCGCAUCAUCGCACGCCACUCAACCAUCCGCUUUUGGUGCUGGCAUCGGCGCUUGUCUCGUACUUGCUCUGCUCCAUCGGUAUGCUGCGGCUUCCGAGCCCAUCCGGUGGGCGCGCUGGUCCGAACACCGUCUACUCGCAGCGGCAGCAGCAGCAUCAGCCAAGAAUGUCUUUCGUUUCGUCGUAGUCUGCUUGCACCGUAGCGUACUAAUAUGCGUCGCCAGUAUCGCACGCACCCGUCUGUGCUGCGGGACGCGGUCCACCUUAAUGGCGCGCCUGAGGCUUCCCGCGCAUAUGCGACACCCACUUCGCAUCGCUCCGCACCGAACGUGCCCUCCCACACCGUUGGUGUCGUGGUCGCUCGACGACGACGGCUUUUCCGCUUCAUCUCACAGUCAUGACCGGCAGGGAAUGGCGACCGCACAUUCACUGCACUGGCAUCAUCACAAUCACCGAUGGCGGACCGAUCCUGCGGCACCCGUACUAGACUACCGAGCGUGUGCGAGCUUCAGUCAAAACUCAUCCUCGUUGUCCCAACGGCGAUUAAGGCUGACGGAAGGACAACUCUGUACCGUUCGAUGA